CAAAUAAAAACUUGUGAUUAAUAUUGAAACAAAAGUUAUAUAAAAAAAAUAAUUAAAACAAAACACUUGUGGCCAUCAAAUACUGUUUGAUCACUGAUUGAUUGACGGCUGUGUUUGUGUCCCAUCAUAAUCACCAAACCGUUGCACAACAUGUCUACCACUAGACUACAGUCAAUGUUGUUUUUAUCGGCGGCGGCGUCGGCUUCUGUGGUAUUAUUAUCGCUAACUGUUUGUAUGGUAUCGACAACAGUAUCGGCAACAACUAAUGGCAGUCAACUACCACAACAACAGCAUCGGUCGCACCAAUUGUUUCGGCGGUUUCUUUUUGAUACAACCUGUUAUGAUAAUCUUAAUCCGUUGCUGAGGUGUUCCCAGGAUAGAUGGGAUGUCGACUUUCAUGCAGAUGCAAAUAUGCGUUGUUGCUAUCGUUUGGAGGCAUAUUGCCAUCAAAACAAACUGGCCAAAGAGGGGUCAAAGGGGUGUAAGUAUGUUAAGAAGGAAACUCUUGUCGAUCAAAUAAAAGACUGUACCGACAAAAAGUUUGUGACCAAUGAAGCCAAUUGUAAGGCAUUGAAGCCCAAAGAUAUGACCGACCAUUUGCUAUGCAAGUCGUAUACUCCUUGCUAUAGUGACGAAACACCACCGCCCGGAGCCGCUUAUGAUGAGCCAAUGAUUGUCAUCGGUACGGCGGAAUCGACGGCAGCCGACAACAGUGUCCGACUAUCCUUAUGGAUGGCCAUCAUCGUCAUUGUCAUCGUUGUUGGUGUUUCGACGAUUACCAACCAGUAGGUGUGUCUAAAGUCUAUAGUCAAUGAACACACCUAAUCAAUCAAACAUCAAUUUAUACAAUAUGUUUAAUUUCUAUAUAUAUACAGUAUAUAUUUCAUAU